AUGUCCCAGGGAUGUACAGUUUCUGUGGAAGAGAUCCAGUCUUGGUGGGAAGUCCCCGCCAUAGCCCACUUCUGCUCGCUGUUCAGGACAGCGUUCAACCUUCCAGACUUUGAAAUAGAGGAGUUGGAGAAAGCCCUGUCAGAGCAGGACUUGGACUUUCUCGGGGACCUUAUUGCCUGUCUGUUGCAGGGAUGCUACCAGCGCACCGACAUCACCCCCCAGGCAUUUAGCAGUUACCUGGAUGACAUCAUCAGCUACAGGUGGGAACUGGAAGAGGGGAAGCCCAACCCACUCAGAGAGGGGCCCUUUGAGAAUCUCCCCCCUCGCACUCAGGUGGAACUGCUGCACCGGCUCUGUGACUACCGUCUGGAUGCUGCUGAUGUCUUUGACCUGCUUAAGGGACUGGAUGCAGACAGCCUGAGGGUGGAACCACUGGGGCAAGAUGGAAAUGGAGCCCUCUACUGGUAUUUUUACGGCACCCGUAUGUACAAAGAAGAGCCAGUCAAGAGGAAAGCAGACAGGAUCAGUGAACCCUCUGAACUAACUUUACCAGAGAAAAAGAAAAGGGGAAGACCUCCAAAGAAGAGAAAGUUGGAUGACCCUCAGCUAAGUGAGGUGGAAAGAGAAGUGACAGAAGUCGAGACAGAAAAUGGACUGGAGGACUUGCCCCCAAGCAAAGGCCAUAAGCGAGGCACUUGGUCCCUUGUUUGUGAUACAGAGGAACAGUGGGUCAGACUGGCAGAAAGCAUCAAGGACAAAACCUCCCCACAGGACCGCCACCUCUACCGUGUCAUCAGCCAGAACUUCCUGCCCGAGAUCAGCAGCAUGAUUCAGCACAAGGAGCGGGAGCAGAAACAGAAACUACUGGACCCAACCCCAGUGCGCAUAUCGGAGCGCUUCUCUGAAAAACACAUUCAGCAAGAGGACGAGGACAAUCAGAAGGCUGUGGCAGAGGACGAGAAGAGGAAAGAUGAAGAGCUGGAUAGGCAGGUGCUGCUGGCUGAGCAGCGACGAGAAGAGGAGAGGCUUCUGCAGGAAGAGCGGCAGAGGGAGAAGAUGGAGAAGAUCAAAGCUGUGGAGGAACGAGCAAAGAGGCGGAAGAUGCGAGAGGAAAAGGCCUGGCUGCUGUCUCAAGGAAAAGACCUGCCACCUGAACUCCUGAACCUGGAGCCGUCUUCCCCUGUCCACAGAACACGCAAGAAUAAAGAGUUCUAUGAAAUUGAUGACGACUACACCGCUCUAUACAAAGUGCUUGAGGUCCUGAAAGCCCAUAAAGAUGCUUGGCCUUUCUUGGAGCCUGUGGAUGACUCCUAUGCCCCCAAUUACCAUGAGAUCAUCCAGACUCCCAUGGACCUGUCCACCAUUGAGAGGAAGCUCAAUGACGGGGAGUACGUUGCUAAGGAGGAGUUUGUUGCCGACGUGAAGCUCAUGUUUGAAAACUGCGUCGAGUACAAUGGAGAAGACAGUGAGUACACUAUCAUGGCGGAGUCUCUCGAACGGUGUUUCAGUCGGGCCCUGUUAAAACACUUUCCGUCAGAGGAUGGCGACACAGAUGAGGAAUUCCACAUCAGUCGAGAAGACAAGGAGCGCAAGGACAAAAAGCGCAACCGUGGCAGUAAACAUCUGGGACCUGAAAGUCUGAUCAAGGCCACCGAGCAAGUCCAACGUAAGCGUAACUCCCAGGGUGGCAAGGGCAGCACACCCUCAGAGGAAGAGGACAACAAGCUGACACGGCCACUUCCUCCCCCUCACUGGGCUCACCCCCACAGCCUGCCUCCAAGCCAACAACGCAUGCGGGAAGGAGACAUUAGGGGCAUGUACCACCCAGGGCAACAGCUCCAUCGCCCCCCUGGUCCCCCUGGUCCUCAUGGUCCUCAUGGUCCACACAUGUAUGCUCAAAGAAUGGCUAUGGAUCCCCGCUUCGCUUACCCAGGUCACAUUCCCAGGCAUGGAGACCCCAACUUGAACCGCUUACCCCGCAACUUUAACAUGCAGCAUCGCAUGGUUGAAGGACAUCACAUGGGUCCCAGGUAUCCAAUGGGUCCAGAUCCUAACCAGCAGCGGCCUCCACACCAGCAGCAGCACCCCUACAUGGGUCCAACUCAUGGCCCGUCUCUGGGCCCGCGUCCUGUGGCUCUACAGCCUGGACCUCCUCCUGAAGCCAGCAUGUAUCCAUCCCACCACCAUCCAGAGGGCCACACCAUGCACCACAUGGGCAACAGAUUCUCAGGACCAGAUGGACCACCUCAGCACAACUACCCAGGCUUGAGGCCCCCUGGUAUGGGCCUAUCCAACAUGUGGACUGGUAUGAGUCACCAGGAAAGACCCAAUGGGAUGGGCAUGCAAGAUCCCAACAUGGUGAACCAGCGCAGCUAUAGUUAUGGUGGAGUCCCACCUCCAGCUGGGCAUAAACCAUGGCCAGAAGCCGCUGGAUACCCCCACCCUUCUCCAAAUGCCCAGUAUCAAAUGUCUGCAGGGGUCAGCUCCCAGGGGCCGAUGUCCUCAUGUCCCCCUGUUCCCCACCCAGACUCUUCUGGCAGGACACGCUUGGCUUCCAUGCUGGAAAGCCCAGAGAUGCUGGCCCUGCAGCAGCUGUCAGCCUCCUCUGGACCCCCUGCUGGUGCCCCUCAUCAGCACAUGGGCAACUUUCAGCAGCCUGGGCCCCCAUCAGGAAUUGGCAGCAUCCCAGCUCACCCCUCUCAGCAGCCUCCCCCUGCCCCUGAGGUUCAGCUGCUGCGUCCUGCUAGAGACAAUGGGCCAGACAGCCAGCCUUCCCAACAGACAGACAUGCAGCCCAAAGGCACAACAUCAGAGAACAAAGUGGCUGCCAACAACAUUUCAGAUAUGGCUUCAUCACACAAAAAUACUGUUUCAAUUAAUCAAGAGCACCUGUCCAACCCUAGUCCCACAGGACACCACAGUCGGGCAGCAGAGGGAAAGCAGAGCCCUGCAGCCCCUAAGGUGGGCAGAUCACAGGAGAACCCGUCUGGACCGGGGCUCCCACAGAGUUCAACAGAGAGCCACAAGCAGGAGGUAGAUGGCCAGAGACACUCUGCCAGCCACUGUCCUCCUCAACACAAUAGUGCCGCUACUGUUUCAUCCCAUGUCAACACAAGUAACAACAGCUCCACUGAUCCAACUCCACCCAAGCCCCUGCAGCAUACACAGAACAGUCCUCAACAAAAUACUCCAAGCCCUGCACUUCCUCCCCACAAUGUCCUGCCACUGCAUGUGUCAGCAUCUCAGAAUUCCACUCAACAAAUGUCAGAGGACAACAACAACCAAAAACAGCAGCAGCAACCUCAGGUAACCAGGAGUUCCCCUCCUCAAUGCCACCCUCCUAGUUCUCCUCAGCUGAUGACCCAGAAUGCGCAGCAGAAGGGUUCUCUGCUUUCUCCUAAUCACGUCCCCCAAAACAUCUCUCCGCCACGUCCCACACAGAACAGCCCCAUGCAUGGGAUGCCACAGAGUGCCACACAAGGAGUCCAGCCUGGACCUCUACAGCCAGCUCCGCUCACAUCUUUGCCACCCAGUCAUCCUACCCCACUAUUACCCUCCCAGCCCAGCCCAGCAGACCAUGGAAAUCAAAGACCUAGUGAGCCUACAGGUAGAGCAGACACAGAAAGUACUGCCGUUCCUCCACAACACACCGUGGUGAAAUCCGGGCCUCCAAAUGGUAUUUAUAAACACCAAGAUUUUAGCCCCAAUCACCAUCAAACCCAGCUGGUGGGUAGUAGCACGGGUAUGCAGGCUCAGAGAGGGCCCUCGCCUCAUUACAAUCCAGCCAUGCCUCCUCACUCCCAAGGCCAGGUAAAUGGAGCCAUGGGGCCAUACAGCAUGGGGAACCCUCCACAUCCACACUACUGCCAGCCCAACAUGACCAGGUCCAUGCCUCCAUCUGCUCCCCACCCUUACCACAACCAGGCCAUGAACUCCCUCCACAAUCCUGUUAAUCACCCCACCUAUCAUCAGCAGGGAGGGACUGCCUACUCCUACCACAUGCCAGGCCAACAGCACCCUCAGGCCCACCCCAACAUGUACCCACCUCACCAGUACCAGCAGCAACACUACUACCCCCAGCCCCAUCCGCAAGCUCAGACCCAUAACCAAGCCAACAGCAGAGGGGGUUACCCUUCCGAGGAGUGGCAUCGUUCUCAGUAUCAGCCUCGCCAGCCAAUGCCGCCUAAUGCCUACCUACCUAUAGCCAGUGCCAGAGGCAAUGGUCAGUCGAAGGAGAGCAGUGUGUCGCCAUUGGGCUCUGAGGGCUCCAGUGGUGCUAGUUUAGUGUCCCCUGGCCCUGUGUCUGAAGCAGGGCCACACCCUGGAGGCCCAGAAGAUGGCAAGCGUGAAAGCAGGGUGCAGGGCAGUGGAGGUAGCAGCAGUGGUGGCAGUCCAGCAAACCAGGCUCAUACUGAGAGUUCAGAGCGAUCUGAAAGCCCGAAAGAAAUCCUAGACCUCGAUAGCCAUAACGCUGCUGCGCGCCGCCGUAGCACCCAGCCACAUCAACAGCAGCACCCACCUGCUUCUGCUGCACACAUGGCGUCUGGCUUCAUGUACGGCCCUCGUGCCAUGCACCCUGGGAUGCAGCAAGGCGGCGUUCCUCCACCACACAUGAUGUCUCAGGCCCGAGGCGUUGGAAACGGAGGCCCUUACCCUGGCCAGCCAUACCCAGAUCCAGGACGCUAUGCUGCCCAAAGACCCCACCCACACCUGAUGGAGGCUCUGCAGCGGCCCCAGCAACUGCCUUACUCACCAGGUCAGACACGCAUGGCCAUGUACCGACAUCCCCGGCCUGCGGGGCACUUCCAGGGCAUGAUGAUUCAGCAGAGAGGCCUGGCACCAGAACACUUCUUGCACCCAGGGCAGCAAAUGAUGGCUGGCCCAGGCGGCCCUAGCAAUAAACAGGGAGUGUGA